UGUCCCAAAGAUGGUCCGGCUUCUAGGAAUUCCUGACAUUCCUAAAUUCCCCAGGCCCAGGUACCUUCCUGGUCCAGAGGAUGGUGGCUUGUGCCUCUCCUCCCCCAAGAUGGGCCACUCCUAUACCUUGAGUCACAGCAUGGGCUAGGUAGGGCUGCUCAAAGCUGGAGCUCUUCCUGCAGAGUGAGAGCCAAGGCGGGCUGCUUAAUCCAUGACUUGAGGCCUGAGGCUUGGGCUGGAGCUUGGGCAGAGUGGUAGCAGGGUUCCCUCAUGACAACCCUGGCCAGGCAUCCAGCCCUCAUUCCCUGCUGGUUCUCUGGAUUUUGGCUUUUUCUUCCAGCAGCCACAUCACCUGCCUUUAAGCUCUUCGGAGUUUUCCUGGGGUUUCUGGCUCUCUGCCUCCAGACUCCAAGGUUUGGAGAUAGAAACUUGGCCAUAAUUGGAUGCCUUGGUGGUGGAGAAACCUAGGUCUGGGGGCUGGAGCCAGGAAGGCUUGGGUUUUUUCACCUGGAGAGGGGUUGAAUCACUUCCCAGGCACCUGCUGGGAUGACUCAGGAAACAAAAAUGGCCUACCUCCCUGAUUGCUUAACUUUCUAGCCCCAGGGUCAGGUCGGGGGUUUGACAAGCCAUAGGCACUAAAGGGGUUGGAGUGUGAGUGGCUGAUGUUCCUCAGUUCAUUGUGGAAAGGAAUUGACUUAAAUUGCCAAUGCUUAAGAAGGGAGGAAGGAGCCCUAGUGGUGCAGUAGUUAAAUGCUCAACUGCUAGCCAAGAAAGGUCUACCCAACAACUGCUCCGUGGGAGAAAGAUGUGGCAGUCAGCUUCCCUAAAGAUUACAAGCCUUGGAAACCCUAUGGGGCAGUUCUCUGUCUCACAGAGUUGCUGUGAAUUGGAAUCAACUCCGUGGCAAUGGGUGAGAAGGGAGGAGAAGACAUUUCUAGCGACCAGACCAGUGCUGGAAGGCCUGACAUUUAGGUGUUGGGUGGGGAGAGGCGUGGUACCCUGAGGACAAGUGUUGGGGACUGGGAAGAACAGGACACCUGGGUUUGCCUAGGGGAGGAGGGAAUGUUGGCGCCCUUAAGGAGGUGUGGUCUUCUGGGAGGGACUAGGGAGGAGUCUUUCUUUAAAAGCUCUUCCCAGGUCUGGUUUGCCAGCCUCAGACUGUUGAGCCCAGAGAGAAUUGUGGCCCCUGGGCUGCAUCGCCCACAGCUGCAGGAACUCCAGACCAAGAGAGGGAAGGUUGACCACCUCCCUGAAGGUAGGCCGGGUCGCCAGCAGGGAGUAGAAGGAGAGGGACUGUGGAUUGGGAGAUCCGAGAGGCGAGAACACAAGGAGAGCAGAGCCUCUUCCACCUCGGGGUACCAGACUUGGAAUCCUGCUCUUCACAGUGUGCUGGUUAGUUGGCAGCAGGGGCUACAUUUUAAGGACUCUGGACUUGAGGACUUUUUUUAAAGACACGAAUUUCUCCGUGACAACUCCAGAGUAGGAAGACACUUCUAUACUGGAUUUUGGGAUCAACGGUUCACUUUGGAGGGGAGGGCGUUCAGUACACCCUCUUAAGUUUCCUCCCAGUGCACCAUGUCGCUACCGGGUUCCUCACAGGACCAGGCCUGGAGCCUGGAACCCCCCGCUCCCAUGGCCCCUUCCUCCCUGUCUUUGGGGUCUCAGGCGCCUGAGGGUGUGGGCAGUCCUGUGGUCUCCACCGGGCUUCCCUUGGAGAAAGUAAAGCGGCCCAUGAACGCUUUCAUGGUGUGGAGCUCUGCCCAGCGCCGCCAGAUGGCGCAACAGAACCCAAAGAUGCACAACUCUGAGAUCUCCAAGCGCCUGGGCGCACAGUGGAAGCUGCUAGGCGAGGACGAGAAGCGACCCUUCGUGGAAGAGGCUAAGCGGCUCCGAGCCCGGCACCUCCGUGACUAUCCCGACUACAAGUACCGGCCCCGGCGCAAGACCAAGAGCCCAGGCACCAGGCCACCCCACUUCAGCCAGGGAGGCAGCGGCGUGGCUGGUGGCGGACCGGUCUACGCGACCACCCAAGGGACCAGAGGCUUUGGGUAUCAGCCCCCCAACUAUUCGACAGCCUACCUGCCUGGUGGCUACAGCUCUUCCCACUGCAAACUUGAGGCCCCCGAGGCCCCCUCAGCAUGCUCCCUAUCUCAGAGUGGCACCAUGCUCCAGGGUGAGCUGUUCACCCCCUAUCGUUCCUACAGACCCCCAGGCUCUCCCACUGCCUACAGCCCUCCCCUAACCUACCUCUAACUCCCAUGGACAUGGACCACCCAGGAAGGGCCUCACCCUCCUUUUCCACCCAGAGCCACUCCCCACCGCGAGGCUGCAAACCUUUCCCGCAUCAGACCGCACAGUUCAGAGGGAGGCUGCGUCCUCCCAAGCUGGGGGAACAACACAACACUUGGUCCUGCUUUUUGUAUGAAGAACACAGUUUUGUAUGAUUAAAUCCUGUCUCUGAGUCUUUAUUCCAUCUCUGCACCCCUCACUGCGAUGGGAACCAGUGCCAUCUCCACUCCCUUCCGCCUGGACCUGCCACAGCAGGAAGCUCCUCACCCCACCCUGGGGCCCUGCCUUAGUCAUCUUCUGUUCCCCCUUCUCCUGCCCAGCGCUGGGGUCCAGGAGACAGCCAGGAUGGGGGAGGGAGGCAGCUGCAAGCCCUCAGUCCCUCUGGGGCCAGAAGGGAAGGGGGAGGUGUGGGGCCAGGGUAAGACAUUUGUCCAGGAGAACCAAGUAGCUGGGAACUGCUGCUAAAGGGGGAAUCUCAGCCAAAUGAUUCAAUGAGUUAAUAGUACACGUACAGCGCUUGGAGCAGGGCUCAGUAACUGUCAAAACGUCAGCUUGAAACACCUGACCCCCAGCCUCUCCUUCUUAAGGAUCUGGCCUCACCAACUGUGUGUUUCCAUUAAAAACAAAUCCUGGCCCAAGACACUGCAAUUGUGUGUGGGUGU